GUUUACUAAAUACCUAGCUGACAAAUCAGAAGACAAGUUCGGAAAUCAUUGAAAAGUUUAUAAUAUUUCUACAGACAUCAAUGAAAUCAACACCAGAUAUUGUUCAUUAUUCUCUGCCAAUAUUGUAUAGAGGAUUCCUUGCAUCACAGAAACCAUCCACUACAACAGAGUUCUCUAUGUUCUGUAAACUAUGCAGUGUGAUUGGUGUGAUUUCACAAUCACCAGACUGUCCAGAGAAACCAGAUGUGCCAUGGCAACCAGUGUUAGAUUCAUUACAGAUACUCUUGGAGACCAGGUUGACCCUUGACCUCUACAAUACCACCUCUGAUAACAGUACUGGUUUAGUGCAGUAUACAUGGUAUCAAAAUCUGUUAUCGUUAUUACUCAGUUUUCCACAAAGUCAUCUACUGUCUUGGUUUGGAUGUAUUCAUGUACUACUGAAAAAGAAUCACCUUAUACUGGAUAAGAACUUGGUAAUGGUUUGUAGGAAAGUGUGGAUUGAGGUCGACUGUGAUGACAAAGACUUAAACACCACACAGUAUGCAUUACUAUGUGACUUAAUGGAGACAUAUACCAAACUACGACAGGUGAGUUGUACUAUGAAGAUUCAUCAAGGCGUUCUAUUUAUUCUCUAUAAUCUCAUCUUCCUUCUCAAUUAUAUAAUAACAUCAGUUGUCAUCUGA